CUGUCCCAGGGAGCACGUUUGUGCCAGCACCGGGCAGGUGUGUCUGAGCCUCACCCAGAGACAUCAGAACUCCUGAUCCUUGCACUUUGCACGUUGUUACAGCCGCUCCCCGUGAUCCAUGGAAAGUGAAAGGGAAUUCGCUGGGGGCCCUGCCAGCCCCGGAGAUGGCGACUCUGUGGGGACGGAGGGCAGGGACCAUGGGGCUGGGGGGUCUCCUCAUCCCCCUCCUCGUCCUCGGGGUGGCCGAUUCCCAGCUGGUCCUGUCCAUGGGCCCCUCCCCGGUGAGGGCUGCGCUGGGCUCCGACGUACAGCUGCCCUGCACCUUCACCGUCAGGGAGCGCUUUGAGAUCACUAAGUUCUACCUGGCCUGGUCCCUGGGGGGCCACAGGGUGGCCGAGUACGUCAGAGAACAGAAAAUCUACCAGCAGGGAUCAGAGCUUUUCCCCGAGGAGCUGAGCAGGGGGAACUGCUCCCUGCUGCUGCACCAAGUGGCCGUGCGGGACGGAGGCAGAUACACCAGCACCGUCAUCUACACGCCCGACAAGGAGGAGAAGCAGCUGGAGCUGCAGGUGACGGCCGCUCCCAGACUCUCCGUCCCCCGGAAAGCAGGGGUGUUAAACGCAGCGAGCUCCUUCCCCUGCCACGUGUGGGGAUUCUACCCCGGGGACGUCACCGUCACGUGGCUGAGAGACGGGCAGGUUCUGACCGACGCCACCCGCUCUGCCCCCCAGAGGAACUCAGACGGGACCUUUAACCUCACCCUGACCUACACCUUCACCCCCAACCUGAGCGACUCCAGCAGCAUCUUCUCCUGCCACGUCAGCCAUGUGGCUCUGGCCCAGCCCCUGCGGGAGGAGUUCCCCCUGGUUAUUGGAGCUGCUCCGAGAAUCUCUGUUCCCAGGCGCUCGGCCGUAAGAAACGCGGAGACCUUCUUCCCCUGCCACGUGUGGGGAUUCUACCCCGGGGACGUCACCGUCACGUGGCUGAGAGAUGGGCAGGUUCUGACCGACGCCACCCGCUCUGCCCCCCAGAGGAACCCGGACGGGACCUUUAACCUCACUGCAAUUUACAUGUUCACCCCCACCACGAGCGACUCCGGCAGCAUCUUCUCCUGCCGCGUCAGCCACCCGGCUCUGGCUCAGCCCCUGCGGGAGGAGUUCCCCCUGGAUGUCACAGGGAUGCAUGGUUCCACCACGGUGCUCACAGCAGUGCUGGGGAUCUUGGGAACACUGGCCGCGGUGACGACAGCGUUAGCCACUUACUUCUGGUGCCGAUGGAAAGGCCGCUGUGCAACCACCAGCACCGAUGGGAAAGCCCCCUACUCCGUCUCCGAGGUGCUGGGGCCAGUGCAGUGUCUCCUGGGACAUGAGGUGACCCUGAGCUACGCUUUGGGGGGGAAGUUCCCCAAGGACACGGCUGUGACGUGGGAGUGGAUACACGGGGAGGACAAGACGGUGAUCGGGACUGACGGGGUCAGCGAGGCCGGGGAGGGGCCUGAGCACCAGCCGCUGUUACACCCCCAGCCCCCAGGCUGGAAAGCAACACAGGAGAGAUCAGGGACCUGCCUCACGGCCUCCCUGAGCUUCACCCCCACGGUGCAGGACGACGGGGCGCGGGUCAGGUGCAGCUUCCACCACGAGGCCAGAGGGAUCCGAGAGCAGCGAGAGUCCGGGGAGAUCCGGCCGUGGAGUGAGUGUCCCCAGGACUGUGAGGUGUCGCUAGGACCCCUCCCCUGA